AUGAGAGAAACAAGCCAAAUUGUUGGCAAACAGGCGGCAGCAGCAGAAUCAUCAGAUCAGACGAGAAAGAAGACGAGUAUGGGAGAGCGAACACUGCCGGAAGAUUUAAUGUCUUCAGAAAUACUCCCUCGAAUACCAGCAAAAUACAUUCUUCGACACCGUCUUGUUUGCAAGUCCUGGAACUCUGUUUUCUCCACACCCGCUUUCGUAAAUUCCCACCUCACUCAUCAACUCCACAACAACUCUGAAGAAAAUGAUCGAAUUAUAACAAUUAAUGGUUUUCACAACAACUCUGAAGUAAAGCGGGGUGGUCUUAUCGAGGGAGUGGACAUUCUCUCUCACAUCGAUUCGGUUCGUGUCCGUAAAGUGCCUUGCGCUUGUGACACUUUGUGUGGUUCAGUUAAUGGUUUAGUUUUAAUGGUUUCUAAACCGGAAAAAAGAUUUUGUUUAUGGAACCCGGCUAUUGGGCAAGUUAAGUUGUUUGAUUUUCCCGCACCUCAUCUUCAUCUUAAGAAUAAUGGUUACUAUGUGGCAGGAUUUUGUUGGGAUCAUGUGCAGAAUGAUUACAAGGCCUUGAUGUUCUGCUAUGAUUCGAUUUCAUCUCCCGCUAGACAAAUUUGUAUUUACUCAACAAAUUCCGCUACUUGGACUUCUUUGUGUAUCCCUCAAAAUCUCAUGUUGCCCGGACUACGUGAUUAUUUUUGGAUGUUACUAGGUCACUCUACCAUUGUCAAGGGAACCCCUUACUGGAGUUGUUCUAAAUCCUUGACUUUUCCAGGAGAGAAGCAUGUACUUAAGGUCUUCCGGACGUUCAAGUUUGUGCCUGAAAUCAACGAGUUGAGAACCCUUCCUGAUUUAGAUUCCCUCAAAUGUUGUGGAGACACUUUUAGUAUAGUCAACAUCAAGGAUCGUCUUGUUGGGAUGACAUAUAACUCAGUAACACAUGGAGGGACGAAUAUGGUGGAUAUGUAUUCUUUGGACAACGAGGAAUCCGGUAGUGGUGUUUGGAGUAAGAUGCACAUAAUAGGACCCGUGAAUUUUGGCUACAAUCAAAGGCUGCUGCACGCUUUUAGGAAUGGUGGUGAAAUAUUGAUCGGGGGAGAUUCUGGCACAUUUGCUUGCUAUGAUCCCAAAACCAAAGAAAUUAAGAGUAUUGUCGGGACAACUAGCACUAGACUUUCCUUUAGAAAGUUUGUUGGAUCUCGUUACAGUUAUACGCCUAGUUUGGUCCGUGUUCGAGGAAUGAAGUCCAUACAGAACUUUUCUACAAAGGGAGAACUUAAGGAAUUCGCUUUGUAA